CUUAAUAACGUAUGAUUUGAAAGAUUGAGUCUAUUGUCAAAGCAAGAACUGGAACUGAAGUAAACUUACGAUCUCUUGACCACAAUGGAUGACAUUGGCACUCGGAAUGAGUUGCAACAGCUUCCAGCCGGCCCAACCGCAAGCCUUCAAAGUAACGUGGACACCCAGCAACAAUCUCCACUAUUCAAAAUACUUCCAGCAGAAAUACGGAGUUUGAUAUUUACGUACGCUUUGACUGAUUAUGAAGAUAUCUCUGCCCCUUUCGACCGUGACACCUAUUGGCAUCGUCCUGGAUAUGGAGCGCUACGACGUACGACCACCGAGCUCCUACGUACAUGCAAGCGCAUUUUUCAAGAAACAUGGUUCUUACCUUUUGCCCUUGCAGAGUACACGUUUUAUCUAACGAAAGGAACGAGGGCACCAGCAAAGCAUACCACAAUUGCUCAAAUGAAAAGACACCUUCAGCACUUAAGAAAGUUUGCACGUAGCCAUGAUGGCAAGGAUUUACCAAGUAUUCACCAUAUCAGAGUAUUCGCCCAGCUGUGGGCUUUGGAAGAUCCGCGGAGACUACAAAACGUACUCAGUCUUGAUGGAUUUUGCCCACUGAAUGUGACUAUUACAGUCCGAUACACGGACUUUUGGCACUGGGAACAAAACCGACCAUUGCAUAUCGAUGCACGCUGGGUGAACGAAGUGCCAUUCCCGAACUCGGUCAGAGUCAUCAAAAUGGAAUUUGAGAUGGUUGACCGACGCAAAAAGGAAAUAGACUACAUUAGCGAUAAAGCAGCAGAGACGUGGUUUUUUCGACGGGUAGACGGUCUCGUUUUGAGAGCCAGAAAGCAAAACAUAUCAACGAGUGGGUGGACAGGAAGUUCAUCUUGGGAUGGAUCACGUUGGGUUAGAGACGAGGCAAGGCCAAAUGAAAUUGAUUACUAUAUCAAAACGGUCGUGUGGACGGUCGAUCCAGAAUUUGACCCAUUUACCGAUGGAUACUACUGCCGUAAUUUGGAUAUACCGAGCAACUUUGUGCAGGAGCCCGUUCAAUUGGUGGACGGAAUGGCGAGCAUCUCGACAGGCAGAGGUUAAUAUGACCUAAUAGUAGUCCAAGAAAAUCAUCAAAUCUUCCCACCCCUGAUUU